AUCACCAUGCGUUUAUUUACCUUGAUCUUAGUGCUAAUACUUAGCCUCGGUUACUCUUGUGGUUACAAUUUCCUAAUGAUUCUAAAUUCCGCCGGCCGGUCGCACUUUAAUGUGGGUCAUGCCUUGGCCAAGGGAUUGGUCCAAGCUGGCCAUGAGAUCACUGUGGUUUCCGUCUAUCCACUGAAGAAACCUAUGGAUCGAUAUCACGACAUAAAUGUACCAAAUGUGUUUAAAGUCAUGGGGGGAGACAUUGCCGCCCUGUGGGAAUCCAUCCAGAAGCCACUGACCCAGAAGCUUAUUGAUCACUAUCAAAUGGGAUUCCGCAUCACAAGAGGACUUUUUGAGGACACCAAUUUCGAGGCCCUUUUGAAGAGCAACCAAACUUUCGAUGCGGUCAUUUGUGAGACCUUUUAUAAUGAUGCUCACUAUGGUUUGGCAGAGCAUUUCAAUGCCCCACUAAUUGGAUUGAGCACUGGUGGAGGUCUGACUUUUAUCACAGAUAUGGUUGGUUCUCCCGCCCCAGCUUCGUUUGUGCCUCAUAUAAUGUUGCCCUUUAACGAUCACAUGUCGCUUUACGAACGCCUUCUCAACGUAGCUUUCUUGGCCUAUGAACGAUUUCUACUGGACUAUUAUUAUUUGCCAGGGCAGGAGCAACUGUACAAAGAGUUCUUUCCGGGAAACAAAAGGUGUUUCUAUGAGAUGCGCCGAAAUGCCUCUCUAGUGCUCAUCAAUCAGCACGUGUCCCUGAGUUUCCCGCGACCGUAUUCACCCAAUAUGAUUGAAGUGGGUGGCAUGCAUAUCGAUGGAAAGUUAAGUCCGCUGCCGGAGAAGAUCGAAAGAUUUAUUAACGAAUCAGAACAUGGAGCAGUCUACUUUUCCAUGGGGUCGAAUCUCAAGAGUAAGGAUCUACCGCCAGCAAAGGUUCAGGAGAUCCUGAGAGCAUUUAGCGGACUAAAACAGCGAGUUCUGUGGAAGUUCGAGCUAGAGGAUCUGCCCAAUAAACCAGAGAAUGUCUACAUCUCCGACUGGUUUCCUCAGACUGACAUACUGGCCCAUCCGAAGGUCCUGGCUUUUGUGACCCACGGCGGAAUGCUGAGCACCACGGAGUCCAUUUAUCAUGGCAAACCCGUCAUAGGGUUGCCUAUCUUUAGCGAUCAGUUCUUCAAUAUGGCUCAUGCCGAGCAAACUGGCUAUGGUAUCAUGCUGGACUUCAAGACGCUGAAUGCCAAAGAUUUCAGGGAAGCCAUCGAGAGGAUUACAAGUGAGCCCUCGUAUACGAAAUUGGUUCAGGGCAUGUCCUUCCGAUAUCGGGAUCAGCAAAAUACACCCCUGGAGACGGCCAUUUACUGGGUGGAACAUGUGACCCGCCAUCAAGGAGCUGCCUAUUUGCAGAGUGCGGCCCAAAGACUGAAUUGGUGGCAGUAUCACAAUGUGGACGUACUGCUUAUUAUUUUUGGAGCAGUGAUCUUUCUGCUAAUUGGACUGCCUUUUGCCAUAUUUAAGCUAUUUAAGAAAAUAUUAUCUGGGGGUAAGAAAACUAAGGACGGAAAAGUUAAACGUAACUAG